CUUCUACGUCCACCAGGCGCAUCUGAAUGUCUGUCGCAGGCUCUGACUAUGGCACAUCCAACUACGGAAGAACGGAACCUCGUCCUGAAAAACCCCUAGUCGUCAAGUUCACCCAUGAGGAGCGGGGGAGCAAGAAGAUCACUUAUGCCUCCUCCCACCUAUGCUCCUACGACCACCUCCGCAAGCAGGUCGAGAAGUCUUUUGGUCUGCAGGCCACUCCCUUCUACAUCGCGUACGUCGACGACGACUCCGAGACCAUCUCCAUUACGAACGAGACCGACCUCACCGAGGCCAUCAAUUACUUCAAGCCCACUCCCAACGAAGAUCCCCCGCUCUCCUCUACUGCCUCGAUUCUCUCUGGCAGAAGCUUCCGGAACUCCAAGAUCACUCUCCCCGUGAGCAUCAUCGUCGACUACGAGGGAAUCUCGCUCUCCGACACGGGCUCGCUCGUCAGUCUCGAGGAGUACAAGAACAGGAACGGCAGCGAGCACUCUCUAUCAUACACCUCCGAUGGACCUCGGGAGCUCGAAGACGAUGCGAUCACGGUCAGUUCCAAGGACGUCGGCUCAAAGUACGACUUCCCCGCGCACCUCGGCAAGGGAGCGAAGACCAUCGUCGCAGGCCCCAGCCGCGAGGCCCUCAUAGACCCGAGCGACAAGUGGGAGGCAGGUACGAUCUCCAGCCAUCCGCGCACCCUCAGCUCGAAGCGGAGCACGGACCCGCUCUCGUCGGACGACACGCUCGCACGGUACUCCGACGACCCAGAGUCCGUGUUCGCACGGCUAAAGCUAGAGGAGGAGCGGCUCGGGUUCUUCCCGGGAAAUCUGAACGGGGCGACGACGUUCCAGACGGAGCGUGGGGUGAACUGGCUGCGGGACCAGAACGCGCACCUGCCGAUCCUCGACGGGGACAAGCUGUCGAUCAGCGACGUCUCGCUCGAGGACAGCAUGUCGCUCGAACUCGAGCGCAAUCAACACGGGAACUACCGGUACACGCUCACGGGGAGCAGCGGGUCGGUCGCAUCGCAGAGUGUGCGCGACUAUGGGAGCGUCGACGACGGGACAAGCGCUGGGGCGAACGAAGCGGCUGUCGAACCCAGUAUCGCGGACUCGGCAGAGAAGUUCUUCGCGAGCCGGCCGACAUCACUGCAGGCGCCCUUCCAGCAGCUCCCGCAGCUACACCAGCAGCUGCAGCAUACGCAUCCGCAUCGUUCGUCCACGAUGUCGUCGGGCUCGAUGCAAAACCCGUUCAUGUCGCCUGAGGAGAUGUCGUAUCCUACUGACUACAUCCACCCGGACAUCCCGCCCGAGGUGCUGUCGUUCAUCCGGCCCGCACAACCUCUCGCGCCGCCCGCAGACCCUACGAACUGCUCGAACUGCGGCGUGAUCCUGGACAUCAUCAAGUACGUGUGCUCGACGUGCGGCGAGGUCAAGGCUACGAUCUCUGAGCCGACGUCCGCCACGACGGAGUGGGCGGGGGAUCACAAAGGCAAGACGCGGGCGAUCGACAUCCACAACCAUCGGGGAAACUCGUACCCGCUGCUGCGCAACUCGCCCUCGGCGUCCGCGUCGUCGCUGACGAUUGUCGGGAGCCAGCAUUCUGGGCACUCCGGGCAUUCAGGCUCCGGGAGCUCAGGCUCCUCGGACCAUCACCCCGCGCGGUCGCUUUCGGAGAGCACACUCUACCUGAACGUCAAUGCGCCCAGCCUGAAGCCGCUCCCUUCGCUGCCGCGGUCGCCCGCCAGCCCGCAUGCGCCACCGAACUCGCCCCUUUCCUCACUGGGGCUGGCGUCAUAUGAGAACGGGAUGGGGAGGAGGGAGGGGUACGAGCUAUGCUCAAUGUGCGUGCAGAGCUACGGGGUGCAACAUUCGCUCGAGUUCAGCGCGACGCCGGGGGCGUCGCCGGGGCCGGGGACGUCGCCCGAGGACGCGGAGCGGGCGUUGUCGCGGUGGCGGCGGACGGCGCCGUCGCAGAAGGGCCUGCUGCGGCAUGCGUACAUCGAGAAGAGCUGGACGCACAGCGGGUGGGAAGACGUCGAACAGGGCGGGGAGGGCCCGUGUCAUUGCUCGACGUGCAACACCGUCAUCACGAGCCACCGGUACAAGUGCGCGUCCUGCGAUGAUUUCAAUUUGUGCCGGGCGUGCUACAGGCAGGUGUACGAGGUCCAUCCCGCGCACGCGUUCUUGGUUGUCCCGGACAAGUCGAGUGGCUCCCAGUCGUCUGGCUCUGGGCCCACUAUCGCGGACCUCACAAGGCAGUCGACUGCGUCUAUGGAGGAGACAUCCAUGACACACGUGGGCGUCCAUUGCGCGCAUUGCAUGCAAGAAAUUGUUGGCGCGCGAUUCCAUUGUGCGAUCUGCGAGGAUGUCGACAUCUGCUCGAACUGCGAUGCUGCUGGUCUGCCUGGUAACAUAGACUCGGACGACGGUGGCCACAUUUCCUCGCAUAUCAUGAUCAAGAUCCCACAUCCCAUGUCCACCGCAGACUUACAGAACACGAGCCAGAUGGCGAUCCGACUAUGGACCGGGCGCGACGCGGCGGUCGCGCAGGCCGGUAGCGCAAACGGCCGCGGGCGCCGCAAUUCGAUUGGGGAGUCGGCGUACUCCCAUACGGUGCUCGGGACGGGCCCCCGGGUCAAGGUCGAUUCUGUCGAGAACGACCACGGGCUCGUGUGUGAUGGGUGUGCCCAGCCAAUCAUUGGCGUGCGGUACCAAUGUGCCAAUUGCUCGUCCUAUCCCAAGUCUGUCAGCUUGUGCGAACGAUGCGAAGCGCGCUCGUACGCCCUGCACGAUCCGACGCACUUCUUCUUCAAGCUUCCAAGACCCGUCCACCGGCCGCUUGUCCUCCAGCCGCCACUACCCAGACUCUACAAGAAGCCCGCCGGGCCGCCGAACGGCACAUUUAACGUCACCGACCCGAAAGGCAAGUCGCACAUCAAAUAUCUCCGGAGCCUCACACAUGCGUUCGCGGUGUGCGACCGGUGCAUGUCGCACAUCUCUGGCGAGUGGUUUCAUUGCGCGUAUUGCCCGAAGGACCUGUGCGACAGCUGCGCCGAGGUCGACACGCAUGAUAACACACACCUGUUUGUUGUGUUCAAGUCGGAUGUGAACAUGCAAAUAUUCCGGCGGUUCAUGAACGAGGAAGACCCGGCGCGGAGCCCACCGCUCAUCCCAUUCCCUGUGUACAAUUCAUGACAGGUUGCCUCGGAGGCUGCCUCCGUGCUUGCUUGCAUUUUAUUAUGACCCAUGACUAUUCAUCUGAGUACCAUGUGUAUACCAUUUGUAUCGCUGUCGUUAUCUGCUCUGUGUCCGUACUGCCCAUCCCAUUUUCCGUCCAGUUUCCCAUGCACUAUCUAGUACAACUGUAGAACACAGUCAUCCAAUACAGUCUCCAGCGCCACAUACGCUCCGGCCGACUAGACAUCAUUAGGCGUCAUGCAUUCGCCAUUCACGAGGGGCGCGGUGGCACUAUAGACAGUUUGAUCAUCGGCAAGAACGCGAAGAAGCAAGAUGCCAUGCUACGAGUACGAGUACUGGGACAAUUGGAACUACAGAUCCGGGUUGAGAUCCAAGUCGAAGUCGGGGAACGGCUGUUGCUGGGGCGGUCGGAAGUCUGGUCGAUAGGGGUUCGCGCCAGGGAGGGCCGGCAGUUCGACUGUGGGUGACACGGGUGGUGGCUUGACCGAGUGCGUUUCGCCCAGAAUACCGAGCGGCGCCUCGUCGUUCAUGUGCCCACGGCGCAUCUUCUCCUCAUUGGGAAAGGGCGGGAAGAAGAGUGGUGGAGGGGGUUGGCCGGGCGCGAGGUCGGGCAUGUUAGGCGGCGCGGAAGUGAAUGCGGAGAGGCUCUGGGCGUACGCCAGCAGCUCGGGGUACGGGAUCGCAGCGGCUUUGGCCUCAUCUAUGGCUUUUAUCCGCUCUUCGCCCUCCCUGACAAUCGCGUCGAGCUCUCGCCUCCCCUCGUCCAGGGCGCGUACUAUCUCGCGCCAACGGCGGUCCAGAUCGAGAACUUCGCCCUUCAGUUGCUCGAUCCGGCGCUGCUUUACUUGGUGCGUGCGUGCUACUUGUACGGCAGCUGCAAGUUGUGCAUCCACAGAAAGCAGCUCGCCGACCGAAGGUGGCGGAGGUGGUCUUGACUGCGGUGGUCCGAGCGAUUGGAAUACUGUGUGCGAAAGCGUCUGCAGUCGCGCUAGAGGAUCGAGUAGUAUCUCUGACACGGAUACCGAUGCUUGCUGUGAGAUGUCUGGUGAGCCGAAUUGAGCAAAGUUCUGGGAGUGAAC